AUGGCACGGCAGAGGGAAACACCGUAUAACAGACGUGCAGCGGCGGCGUUAAAACUACGGCAGCGGGUCGAUCGUACCGGCUCGUUUGACCUGGCUUUUAGGCCAUAUCCGAGCACGGUAGAUGAAAACAAAAAAAACGAACGGAACGGUAACGACGACGAUAUUCUUACUCAACUGUUUGACCUGGGUUUUACUCCAUAUCCAGUUGGUAAGAAUAUCGUAGUAUAUCGAGUGGAUGUGAGUAUGAGUAUGCUGUUCACGGGGCCUAUUUACCGACUAUCUCAGUUGCCACCGUGA